AUGGCCUCUCAAAUAACACCAAACACAUUCUGCACGACAACAGGCCCCUCGCCAAGCACAACAAUAUUCUUCAUAUCCGGAAACCCGGGGUUGAUCGCUUACUACCACCCCUUCCUAUCACUACUCGCAAAUUAUCUCAAGGAAGAUGAAAAAUCUUCAUUCCAGAUCUACGGAGGUUCCCUUGGCGGCUUUGAGAUUGGCGAAGACUCACCGAAAGAUCUCGAUCUCGAAGAUCAGAUUCUUUUCGUGCAGAAGAAACUCGCUAAUCUAAUGGAUGGCUGCGAUGAUAACGCCAGUGCCAAUGCCGAUGUCAAUGCCAAUGGGGAUAGCAACGUAAAGUCCAGACCAAAAGUCAUCCUCAUCGGCCAUUCCGUCGGCAGCUACAUAGCCAUGGAAAUCCUGCGACGGCACCGCGAAAACUCAGGCCCAACUUCAUUUGAUAUAACCGGUGGCGCAAUGCUCUUUCCAACCGUCAAGGAUAUCGCAGCAUCACCCUCUGGGCAGAAAUUAACGAGUCGGGGCGGUGUGCGGCAGGCUUUACAUAUGGCAGCUGAUGAGAUGCGGACUAUUACUUCCGAUAGAUGGAGCGAUGAUGUUUGGGGCGUUGCUAAGGCGCACGAACCUAUUACUAGGUUGUUCUUUUAUUUUGGUCGGAAUGAUCAUUGGGUGGCGGAGCGGACGAGGGACGAGAUUGUUGCUUUGAGGGGGAGGGAUGGGGGUCCUACGAUGGUUGUUUGUGAGGAGGGUUUGCCGCAUGCUUUUUGUUUGAAACAUAGUGAUACGAUGGCGAGGAAGGUUGCCGGGAUGGUUGGGGAGAUUGUUGGUUGA